CCACUUCUGCGCGAGACGCGGAGAGAUCCAGAUGAAAGGGAAGCGGCGUGACGGGGAACAGCGCGAGCGCACGGACUGGGACUGAAGCAACAGAGUGGAUGAGUUUUACACCGACACCAACCUGGACAAACACACGGAAAAACUAGCACGAAAAAGACAAAAGUCAGCAGAAAAAAAGAGAAACGUCAAGUCUGAAGAAGUGUCAUCUGUGUAGGAGUCACAGAAAAGAAGACAGAAGAGGUACCCACCUCUCACCAUGCAGCACUACGGGGUGAACGGCUACUCUCUGCACGCCAUGAACUCCCUGAGCGCCAUGUACAACCUGCACCAGCAGGCUGCGCAACAGGCGCAGCACGCACCCGACUACCGGCCGUCCGUGCACGCGCUUACACUGGCCGAAAGACUUGCUGGCUGCGCAUUUCAAGACAUCAUCCUGGAGGCUCGUUAUGGCUCUCAGCACCGCAAACAGCGCCGGAGCCGCACGGCCUUCACCGCACAGCAGCUGGAGGCUCUGGAGAAGACCUUCCAGAAGACACACUACCCGGAUGUGGUGAUGAGGGAGCGGCUGGCCAUGUGCACUAACCUGCCCGAGGCCCGUGUGCAGGUUUGGUUCAAGAACCGCAGAGCCAAGUUCCGCAAGAAGCAGCGUAGCCUCCAGAAGGAGCAGCUUCAGAAGCAGAAGGAGGCGUCAGGGGAAGGAGGUGAGAAGGAGGAUGCACCUCCUUCUACAACUGUCCUUCCUGACACCCAGCUUCCUCCCUCAUCCUCCUCUUCCUCCUCAUCCUCUCUGGAGGCUGAAGGUCCUGUGGUCCGUCCUGUACCGCUGGACAUGGAACUGAACGUCACGUCAGCAGAACAUUCUGGCAGCGAAUCGGCCACUGAGGACAAUGCCACAGAUAAAGAGGAUGAGAAUAAAUCUCAGCGAGGCGAGGAGAUGAAGUGUGAGAGAGCAGCGACACCUGGAGAGGUUUCUUCAGCUUGUAAAAGACUCAGCCCUAAACCAGACUCUCCCCUGGUCUCCCCGUCCGUGACCCCCUCCUCCUCCAGCAGUGGUCUGGCCAGCAGCGGCCCUCUGUCUCAGAGCCACUCUUACUCGUCCUCCCCCCUCAGCCUGUUUCGUCUACAGGAGCAGUUCCGCCAGCACAUGGCUGCCACCAACAACCUGGUGCACUACCCUGCUUUUGAUCUCGCUGCCCCGUCUUCACUCCCCUACUUGGGAAUGAAUGUUAACAUGCCCCCGGCGCCGCUGGGCUCGCUGCCUUGCCAGUCUUACUACCAGUCCCUGUCCCAUCAUGCUCAGCAAGUGUGGAACAGCCCACUGCUGCAGGCAUCAGCUGCAGGCGGCCUCAGCAGCCAUAACAGCAAGACGACCAGCAUUGAGAACUUGCGUCUGAGGGCCAAACAGCACGCCGCCUCACUGGGACUGGACACGAUGUCUAACUGACUGUAUAAAGGACAAUGAACUGUAGGCAACAACCUCAGCCUACACGUCACCACAUCCAACUGCAUCUAUGUGACUGUUAGCUCUUUAGGAACCAUAAACUGAUCUGUUCUUGAGCAGAUGGGCAUGGGACGUCGAAAGAGAUGUCAAAAAAUAAAACAGUCCGUCUGCUACAAACAUCCACAUCGCCAACAGACAAACUACACCUCCAUGGCUUCUUAAAGUUGUCUUAGCUUCUGAAGCAGUUCAAUACAUAACCUUGAACAAAGAUACAUGUCCUCCAACCUGAACGACCAAAUGUGUUGUUUGUCCACCUUCUUAUACAACCCAUAUCUACGUCUGAAGGAUUAGCACAGCAGUCUGCAGAAGAAAGUGUACAAAACGGACUUAAACAUUGAAAGUAAAUCCAAAUACUUACAAUUUGAAGUGAACUGUCAAAACCAUCAAACACAUAAAACCUGUCACAAAAAAUUUACGCAAAUGGAGAAGAUUGAAGGGACUUCUGCACAUAAACUUUUAACUAUUUAUUAAAAAAAUGUUUGCAGUGUUUUGAUACAGUAUUAGUCCAGAGUACUGUAAUACUUAAGUGCAUCAUUUAUUGAAUUACAUAGUUGAAAUGUACUGUAAUAGUAGGUUUUGACAGUGACUCUGCUAUGGCUGGGGCUGAAGGCUGUUGUCGUGAUUACCAUAACAACAUAUCCAGUGGGAUAUGAACACUAGUCUUUGGUGGUAAAAUGGGUUUUUAUUCCAUUUCUCACAUUGUCCCGUAACAUUACAAGCUGACUGGACAGGCCUUCCUGACCUUUUCACGUCCAUGCAACACAUGCUUUCUUGAAAUCAUGCGAUAAUUUUGAGUGAACUUCUAGAUAUCGCUAAACAUUAAGACAUAAAUCUGGGUUGUGAUGAGCAGGUUGUUAAAACGACCUAUGAACAGGUUUUCAACAGGAGGACAGGCUCUUAUAAAAACAUGCAGCAGAUAAAGUGGAAGCUGGACUCAUUUUUUUAACUCAUUACAUACUGUGACGAUAUUUCCGACAGACAUGUUGGACCUGCUUUAAAAAAAAACAUUUUAAAAAGAAUCCCAAAAUUCUGUACACAGUUUAAGUUGGAUGCACUCAGUUAGAGACAAUACAAAAUAAUGUUUACAAGAAUAAUGUGAAUAAACAAGGCACUUUGGGAGGAAUCAGGCUCGUUCGCCAGGUGGACAAAGGUUGUGUAGCAAAGGGACUUUUUCUGUCAAAGGACCAUUGACGAUUCAAUUAAUGCAAUGUGGUUUUCUACAUAGCAUGUACUACACAACUGCAUAUAAAUAAAAAUAAACUCAAGCCAUGUUUUCCUCAACAGCAUAAUUAAAAGUGACUAAUUUACCAGUUUAAUGGCCAGUAAUAUGUCGCUUUGCACAGAGGCUGGCUUGAUAAUGAGAAAAUGAUUUCAGUGACUAAAUUCUCAAAGCUUUUAAUUACAUUUUGCCCUGGGCUGAGGGAGCUAGGGCAAAUGCAAUUAUGAACAUGCAUACCAUUUAAGACUGCAUGCUUAAAUUCAGAAGGUCUUUACACCAAAAUUAAUGCAGCCCCAUAAUUGACAUCACUUUACACUUAAGUUGAUCAGUUUUCUUAUAGAAAGUGAUGACAAAAUAAUGCUAAACAAAUGUGGAAAAAUAGAGUCUGGACUCAUUUUCUCAGCAGCUACUUAAGCCUUAUUCUCUUGAGGAAACAUGCAGCUUUUCAUGAAGAGUAAGACUGAUUGUUAGCACUUGAUGAGGGGAAUCACACAGGUCUCUGAUGAUUUCUUUUAAUAUGUUUGGGAAGCUAAUGUCUUCAUGUGAAAAAAAAUGCACAUUAUUUUAAUAUGUAAAAUACAAAAAAGUAUAUCUAUUAAUGUUUACUGGUAAGGUAUUUGUAAAGUCCCUAUUAUGUUGUAUUAUUGAUCAUGUAAAAUCCCUUCAGCUGUCGGAUUGUAAGAUUGUAUUUGCUGAGCUCACUGGCAGCUUUUUCUAUCCCUCCUCUGUUGGAUGUUUGUGUACCGAUUCUGGGUUAAAUGAAUAUUUUUAUGUUUUUUACUUUAUCUUCUUGAAUUGACUGAUGUUGACUAAAAAGACGCAACAAAACGCAAGCAGUUGAAUGGAAAACUACCAACUCCACUUCCUAGAUUUUCCAAUUCGCCAGAGACAGACAGUCAAAGAAAAUGAGAUGUAUUCAGUGAAUAUUUGACCCAAGUCUUUUUACACACUUCUGUCUCCAGUCUAUUUGAGUUCUGUUGUUGUUCUAAUGUUGUCCCCGCUCUGUCUCUGUCAAACUACAUGGUCCAAUGGUACAUUAGAUAGAUUUAUAAUGGAGGUGGAGGAGAGAGUGAUUGUACUAUGAGCAGUGUUGUUUCCUUGACUUCUCCCUAACAAUGUAGACUUGAACUAGUGUCGUUGUAAAAUAAUCACAAAUAAAAACAUUGCUUGAAGAGCU